CAGUGGCCUCGAGGAGGCGGUCCAGCGGCGGUCCGCGCCUGUUGCCGUGAGAACCCGUGACAACAAAGGCGCAGGCGGCGGCGACCCGGCGAGCUGAGCCGAGGAGUCCUGCGCUCGCCGCCGGAGACCCGGGUUUUCCCGAGCCGGAGUCCAGAUCUUACGUAAAAUGGAUGUUUCUCACACUAGAUACUGAACUUUAAUAACCUAUUUAGUAAAAUCUAAGCGGCCAUGGAAGAAAUACCAGUAAAAGUUGCUGUAAGAAUUAGACCUCUACUUUGCAAAGAAGUUCUUCAUAAUCAUCAAGUUUGUGUGAGAGUUAUUCCAAAUACCCAGCAAAUUAUCAUUGGGAGAGAUAGAGUCUUUACUUUUGAUUUUGUUUUUGGCAAAAAUUCCACUCAAGAUGAAGUUUAUAAUACUUGUAUAAAGCCCCUAGUAUUAUCACUUAUUGAGGGGUAUAAUGCAACGGUUUUUGCCUAUGGACAAACUGGAUCUGGGAAGACAUACACCAUUGGAGGAGGCCAUGUUGCUUCAGUUGUGGAGGGUCAAAAGGGUAUCAUUCCUCGUGCUAUCGAAGAAAUAUUUCAAAGCAUCUCUGAAAAUCCUAGCAUUAACUUUGUUAUAAAAGUAUCCUACAUAGAAGUAUACAAGGAAGACCUAAGAGAUCUUCUGGAAUUGGAGACAUCCAUGAAAGAUCUUCACAUCCGAGAAGAUGAAAAAGGAAACACAGUGAUUGUUGGGGCCAAGGAAUGCCACGUGGAGAGUGUGGAUGAAGUAAUGAGUCUUCUAGAGAUGGGGAAUGCAGCCAGACAUACAGGUACCACCCAGAUGAAUGAGCACUCCAGUAGAUCACAUGCAAUUUUUACAAUCAGCAUUUGUCAAGUUGAGAAAACUAUGGAGGCAUCAGAAGAUGGAUCAUGGUAUUCCCAUCGGCAUAUUAUCUCAAAGUUCCAUUUUGUAGAUUUGGCUGGAUCGGAAAGAGUAACCAAAACAGGGAAUACUGGUGAACGGUUCAAAGAAUCCAUUCAGAUCAACAGUGGGUUGCUGGCUUUAGGAAACGUAAUAAGUGCCCUCGGGGACCCACGUAGGAAGAGUUCACAUAUUCCAUACAGGGAUGCUAAAAUUACUCGGCUUUUGAAAGAUUCCCUGGGAGGCAGUGCCAAGACUGUCAUGAUAACAUGUGUCAGUCCAUCUUCCUUGGAUUUUGAUGAGUCCUUAAAUUCUCUGAAAUAUGCCAACAGAGCACGGAAUAUUAGAAACAAACCCACUUUAAACUUUAGCCCUGAAUCAGACCGUAUAGAUGAAAUGGAAUUUGAGAUUAAAUUGCUUCGAGAAGCAUUGCAAAGCCAUCAGAGUAGUAUCAGCCAAACUAGCCAGAUCCCACGAGAGGGCAGUCCUGAUAAAAACAGGAUCCAUUCUCUUGAGGAGCAAGUAACUCAGUUAAAAGGAGAAUGCCUGGGUUACCAAAAUUGUAUAGAGGAAGCCUUUACCUUCCUGAUGGACUUAAAAGAUGCAGUCAGACUAAACCAAAAGCAGCAACACAAAUUGCAGGACUGGUUUAACAUGACUCAGGAGGUCAGGAAGGCUGUCCUCACCUCAUUUCAAGCAAACCAAGGAAUUGGAAACCUGGAAGGAGGACCACAGCAUAUCACAGUUCUCCAGCUGAAGAGAGAGCUUAAAAAAUAUCAGUGUGCUCUUGCUGCUGAUGAAGUAGUAUUUAAUCAGAAGGAACUGGAGGUGAAGGAACUAAAGGAUCAAGUGCAAAUGAUGGUACAGGAAAACAAAGGACAUGUUGUUUCUUUGAAAGAAGCUCAAAAAGUAAAUAGGUUACAGAAUGAAAAAAUAAUAGAACAGCAGCUUCUUGUGGAUCAACUGAGUGAAGAACUAACAAAACUUAACCUGUCAAUGACUAAAGAAAGUUGUGGAGAUGGGCCUGAUGCCAGGAUCCCUGAAAAAAGACCAUAUACUGUACCGUUUGACACUCGUUUGGGGCAUUAUAUUUAUAUUCCAUCAAGACAAGAUUCCAGGAAGGUCUAUACAAGCUCUCCUACAUACUCUCUGGAUCAAGUAUUUGCUGGAUUUCGAACACGAAGUGAGAUGCUGUUGGGCCAUAUAGAAGAACAAGAUGAAGUCCUCCACUGCCAAUUUUCUGAUAACAGUGAUGAUGAAGAAUCAGAAGGUCAAGAGAAAUGUAGAGCUAGGUGUAGAAGUCAUCCAUGGAUUAAAAAGCCAAGUUCUGUUUGUUCUCUUGCCGAGUUGAAUGAUACUCAGGAUGAAGCACGAAAGUCAAGUUUGGGAAGUAAAGAUUUAAAGAUUGAAUAUCUCCGGGAGAGUCAAGAGUUGAAUUUGCAAAAAUUAAAGAAAUCAGAACUCAUACUUAAUGAAGCUAAACAAAAAAUGAGAGAACUUACAAUUAACAUCAAGAUGAAGGAAGAUCUGAUUAAAGAAUUAAUAAAAACAGGUAACGACGCCAAGUCUGUAAGCAAACAGUAUUCUCUGAAAGUAACAAAACUAGAACAUGAAGCAGAACAGGCAAAAGUGGAAUUAAAUGAAACACAAAAGCAGCUACAGGAACUGGAAAACAAAGAUCUUUCUGAUGUUGCUUUGAAGGUGAAGUUACAGAGAGAGUUCCGUAAAAAGAUGGAUGCAGCAAAGCUAAGAGUCCAGAUCUUACAGAAGAAGCAACAGGAUAGUAAGAAAUUAGCAUCACUGUCAAUCCAAAAUGAGAAACGUGCUAAUGAACUAGAACAAAAUAUAGAUCACAUGAAAUAUCAAAAGGUAAAGCUGCAAAAAAGACUUCGAGAAGAAAAUGAAAAAAAGAAGCAACUGGAUGCAGAAAUUAAGCGGGAUCAACAAAAAAUCAAAGAACUACAGUUAAAAACAGAACAGGAAGAAAAUCUAAAACUGAAAGUUGAGGACUUUGAUGCAUUUCACUUGAAAAGGAGAAAAGUUUGUUCUUUUGGAAGUAUAGACCAACUCCAGAAUUUGGAUGAACAAAAGAAAUGGUUAGAUGAAGAAGUAGAGAAAGUUCUGAACCAACGCCAAGUAUUAGAAGAGCUGGAAGAAGACUUAAAGAAACGGGAAACCAUAGUUUCUAAGAAGGAGGCCCUACUACAGGAGAAGAGCCUCCUGGAAAAUAAGAAGUUGAGAUCUAGUCAGGCCUUAAACACAGAUAGUUUGAAAAUAUCAAGUCGCUUGAAUUUGUUGGACCAAGAGUUAUGUGAAAAGAGUAUUCAACUCCAGAGCAGCUCAGCUGAGGAGAAAAUAAGGAUUUCAGAACAAGUUCAAGCCCUCCAGAAAGAAAAGGAUCAGCUCCAGAGUCGAAGAAACAGUGUGGAUGAAAAAGUUAAAAAUGGUAGAGUGUUAUCACCCAACGAAGAACAUGUUCUUUUCCAGCUUGAAGAAGGAAUUGAAGCUUUGGAAGCUGCAAUCGAAUACAAGAAUGAAAGUAUCCAGAGUCGCCAGAAUUUGCUUAGAGCAUCACUCCAAAAUCUUUCUCAUAGUGAAGCAAAUGUUUUGGAAAAAUUAAGUUGCCUGAAUCCUGUUGAAAUUAGAGCUAUUCUUUUCAGAUAUUUCAAUAAGGUGGUUAAUUUGCGAGAAGCUGAACGAAAACAACAAUUACAAAAUGAAGAAAUUAAAAUGAAGGUUCUGGAACGGGAUAAUACGGUUCGUGAGUUGGAAUCUGCAUUGGAACAUCUGAAAUUGCAAUGUGACCGGAGACUGACACUCCAGCAAAAGGAACAUGAGCAAAAGGUGCAACUGCUAUUACGUCAUUUCAAAGUGCUGGGGAUCAAACUCAGGGCCUCAUGCAUGCUAGAACAAGAUGGAGAAAGCAUUAUAGAAACUUUUAAAACAUAUGAAGAUAAAAUUCAGCAAUUGGAAAAAGAUCUUUAUUUCUAUAAGAAAACCAGCAGGGAUCUUAAGAAGAAACUUAAAGAACUGACACGGGAAGCAUUUCAGUGGCAACUAGCAUUGUCAGAACAUCAUGAUGCUGGAGAUGGAGUCCUGAACCCUGAAGAGGCAGGUGUGAUUUCAGAAGAAUUAAAAUGGGCAUCCAGAACUGAAAGUAUGAAAUUAAGUGCAAGAGAAAGAGAAGUAAACAGUUCUUCAAGCAGUUUAAGAACACAACCAAAUUCCCAAAAACUUUGGGAAGAUACCCCAGAGUUACCUUCUAUUUUUAGCUCUUUAGCACCGUCUAGUGGGCAACUGUUAAGCAAUGAUGAUAAAACAGAAACAGAUGAAUAUCAGUUUACAAAAUCUCACAGUCGACCAUCAUCCCAAAUUCAGCCAGUGGGAAAUGUGGAACAGCUUCAUGGUAUCACACCUGUAAAAUUGUGUCGUAAAGAAUUACGUCAGAUUUCUGCCUUGGAACUAUCAUUACGACGUUCCAGUCUUGGAGUUGGGGUUGGAUCAAUGACUGCUGAUUCCAUUGAAGUGUCUAGGAAACCUAGUGACUUAAAAACUUAGUCAUUUAACGAUAGACAUUUUAAUAUAGUAGAUAUGUAAAAAGAUUCCUUUCUCUAACUUGUUAAAAGUAAAGCUCAAGCUCAUUGGUUCUUCUGAAGAUAAAGGAAGAAUGGGAGGAUUGUAUAUUUUGGGGAGUUUUAAUUUACAUUUCCACAAUAAUUAAAUAAACACAUUUUACAAUACUUGAUAACACUUAAAUAUUCCCACUUACAAAUAUACUUCAAUUUUUUUCAGGCAUAUUUUAUUUGUUUUUUAUUUUCCAGGUAUAUUGGAAGAACAAAACUAAUAGACUAAAUUAUCCUUCAAAUGUAUGCUAUUAUUUAAUAUAAAAGUGUAUUAUAAACAUGUUAUGAUACAAUAAUCCUUAAUAUAUUAAUAUAAAAAUAUAUUGUUGUUUUUAAAAGAUGCCAGAUAAAUAUUUCUUGUGUUAGAGAGGGAGUUACCUGCUGCAUAUGUUUUGGCACAGAUGAAGUUUUUUGCCAAAAUACAGUCUGUAGCCUAAGACAACCUGCCAGGUUUAUGGACUAAAGUUGAUUUUAGUGUCAGAGCCCACAGAAGUUAAGUGAUCAGUCUUGAUUUUUAAAAAACAAUCUCUGUUGUUUUUCUAGAAUUGUUGUCUGUUUAUAGUGUUAUAUUAUUGGUUUGCUAAUAUAAUGAAAUGUAAAUUUUCAUCUUUCUCCUGCCAUGUGCAUUUGACAUGUCUUUUGUUUAUGCUACCAAAAUUGGGAGAAAAGAUACAGUUACAUGGAAGAGAGAGACAAUGAUAGAAGAAUACAAAAACAUUUAUUUUAGCACUUUCAGGAAAAGAACAUUGAUUGUGACAUAUCUAGUCACAUGGAGGCUGUUUUGGAAAGCCUGAAAUGUAGUCAAAGGAUCCUUAGCUAAUUAUCUGAUGGGAUUCAGUCUGAGACUUUUCUCUACAACCUACUUCAUCAGGAGUUUCAAACAGGCAGACCAAACAACAUUGGGACUGUAAAUUUGUAAAUGAAAUUUUUGCUGCAUUUUCUGUUUCAGCCUUUUUGUUCAUCAUGUUUAGAAUUAAGAACUGAACAAUUUAUCCAACCAGUUCUUUUUCACCAUAUUUUUUUUUCAUUAUAGGCAACAUUCCAUUCUGAUGACCUGCAGUAUUAUUUUGUUUCUUUUCCAAACUUUUACUUGUAAUCCAAAUUUGAGUUUCUUAGUUUAAUUAAUAUUUGGGGACAGCAGUAACACCACCCUGACUCAAUAGAUGCCUACCCAAUGAGAGUUACCCACUUCUUGUUGAAUCCAUUUUUUCUUAUCUGAUGCUGUUACAGACUUUUUUUGUAUUUUACUCUGUGUUGUCCUGACCAUCUCUCCCAAGAUUCAAACUGUUACUCUGUGCCCACUUAAAGCUUUCUGCCUUUAUCUAGUUGCUAGCUCUAGGGACUGGAGUUUUUUGUCCAAUUUGCUAAAUACCUGUUCCUCAGGAAAAGAAAGUCAACAAACUUCUAAAUAAGUGAAUAGUUUACCUCUUAAGCAAGGUACUAAAAUUCAUUUAAAUUAUGGGUUAAGUAGAUUUCUGUGGACUUAUCUGGAAACUGAACAGUUUAUAACAUUGGCCCAAUGAAAAACUGUUCAAGUUUCAAACAAUUAAUUUACAAACUAACUUGGAAAUUUUAUUUUUACCAGAGGCUAUUUGAAGUCUCACAAGUCUGUUUUUCAGCUAGUCUUCUUUUUGUUUGUAUGAUAUAUAUAAUGAUUAUAUAUAUUAUUAUAUAUUUCAGUCUUAUGGCAAAAGGCCAGUGCCUUCAACAAAGCAUAGAAUUAUAUGUUUAUUAGUAUAUAUAUUAAUGAAAGUUCUAAUUAUAAAUUUCUUAUAAGAUUAAUGUGCAAUGCCUUAAUUAUAAAUAAUUUAUCCUAUAAGAAUGUAUUUUGAUACUAGAAUCCUGCUUUCCCAAGAAAUUAGCACAUGCUUGUUUUAACUAUGAAAAUAAAAACACAUUUUCUCACUAACAAAGCAAGAAAAGCAGUGAUUUGAUUUGAUAAUGCACAAGUGAAUCUGACUGUAAAGUAACAAAGAUAUGAUUUUACCCCCUGCUUUGGUUAAAUAUAUAUCUUUUAUAUACUAUGAUAAAAAUACUAUUUAUAUACACAUAAAUAAAAAAUAAGGUACCUCCCUUGGGGCAAAUAAAAUUAUUUUUAAUAUACUUAUAAUAACUGGGUGCUGUGAUACAUACCCAUAAUCUCAGCAACUCACAGCAACUCAGAAGGUAGAAAUGGGAGGAUCAUAGUACACGGAUAGUCUCAGCAAUUUAGCAUGACCCCUGCCUCAAAAUAAAAAGGUCUUGGGGAUGUAGCUCAGUGGCACAGUGCCCUUGGUUUCAAUCCCUGCUAUGGCAAUUAUUUAAUAAAAUAAAUAUACAUAUUUAAAACAACCUGUAUGCACACACAGCUAUUAAGAACAGAUUUUGCUCUCUUUUUGACAUUAAACACUUUGUCACUAUAUUUGUAUUUUUUGCAUGUACAUAAAAUGUUUGUGCUUUUCUUGGUUCGUUAUGUCCUUUUAUUCUCUACCUGUAACAGCAUUGGAAAGGAAAACUAUCUGCCUCUAUAAAAUAUUAGUUCCUUCCCUAACUAGAGAUUUACAGAGUUGGAGAAUUCUAAUAAGUAUGGGAACAAUUGAUGGUGGAAACAUUGAUGAAAAAAA